CACCUGGCGACCUGGCGACCUGGCGAGCCGCAACCUCCAGAAAUAGCCAAUAUCCUGAUUUCCCUUUUACAUCUCAUCGUCCCUUUCUUUGGCUUACUGAUAACCCGAGUCAUUCAUUUAGUUAGUUAGUUAGGCAUAUGGGACUGCUGACAAAUGCGACGCCCUAUCUCCGUUCUUACCCACAUGGUAUUGACGCCAUCCGGCUCUGCAAACUCCACUAUAUGAAUGGCUUAACACCAUGAUUCUGAGUAGUUUGGCCAGCUAUCCAGAGAGAAUAUAACCAAAUCUGGUGAAAUGUCAUCCUAUCUCGUCACUGGCGCCUCCCGCGGUAUUGGGUUGGCCGCGGUCACUCAGCUGGCCGCCCUGCCCGAGACCGAGGUGAGCAUCGUCUUCGCCACCACCCGCCAGGCCGACUCCCCUGGGUUGGUGAAGCUGGCUGAAUCAACAUUUGGUAGGGUGGUACCCGUCCAGAUGGAUGCAAAUACUCCAGAGAGCCUCCAAGCCGCGGUCAAGUUUGUGGAGGGCCAGCUCAACGGCCAGGGUCUAGAUGUCUUGGUCAACAAUGCGGGUAUUAUGCCCAGUACACAGGGUCCCAUCGAAAAUAUGGAAGGUCUCACGGAGACUUUCCAUACAAAUGUCACCUUGACUCACCUGGUGACUGGGGCAUUUAUGCCACUCCUUCGCCAGGGAACACGCAAAAUUGUUGCUAACAUCUCAAGCACCAUGGGUUCAAUUACGAUGGCCAAAGAGUUCAAAGGCAAGCCAGUAUACGCAUACAACAUUUCCAAGACCGGCAUGAACAUGCUCACGGCACAGUAUGCAAAUUGCUACGAGGAUGAGGGAUUCACCUUCUUCGUCAUCAGCCCUGGAUGGUUGAAAACCGAAAUGGGAGGUUCGCAAGCAGAUCUUCCUGUAGAAACUGGUGCGAAGGAAGUGGUUAGGAUGCUGAGAGAAGCCGAUUCGGAGUUCAAUGGGCGAUUCCGAAACAUCCACGUCCCUGGAUGGGAGAAUAAAUCAGGGCCAAAUAAAUACGAUGGAAAGGACGCACCUUGGUGAUGAACUCUUCAACUCCUUUUUAUUGUUCAAUUGUUCAAUUGUCAGUUGGGGCCGAGCGAGACAGCUGAGGGGUUGGAUGAUUCUGCAGUCAGCAUCCGGCUCAACCUUAUGGUUUACUAGCGAUUUAUUCGCUGUUCAAAAGCACUGCCAUUAUCUUUGCACUUGGAAUUGGGCUUAAUAGGUGUAUUUAUUUGGGCAAAAACCAGUAUUUGGCCUAGAAUGUACAGUACACGCGAAGUUGCGCAAGGAUUCCAUAUUCGGUGAUACUAUCACCAAAUAUAACCAAAAAUGCCUCGAAUAUACCUUUAG